AUGCUCCUACAGAAACAUUUUAAAUUAGUUCCUAACCAAGAUAAUAAUCUAGAAGAAUUGAUAAAUGAAUUGGCUUUAUCUAAAAAGAAUAUCAAGGAAAUAAGAGAAUAUGGAACAAAAUUAAAAAAGUACAAUGAUAGUACAUAUAAAGGUUAUAAUAAUAAUAUAGAAGAUAACGAGACUUAUAAUAAUUUAAAUAUAAAUAAGGAUAAUAUUAUAUACGACAAUGAUAAUAAUUUAAUAUAUAAGGAAGAUAAUAUUACUUAUAAAAAAAAUAUCAUAAAUAAUAAUUAUCAACUGAGAACUAGAAAUGGUUCCAUAUCUAAUGUGUUACUGAAUAAAAAAAGGAGGAAAGAAAAAAUCAAAGAACAAACUAAUAUAAGUAAAAAGGAAGAUAAUGAUUAUAACCUUGAAAAUUAUAACGACAAAAAUAUAAAUAAAAAUGAAUAUUCUAAGUCUCCUAUUCAUAAAGAUCCUAGUGAAUACAAUUUAUUUUGUUCCAGUAAUGUAUUGAAUUUGUCUAAUUUUAAAGAUAAUGCACUUUUUCAACGAAUUUAUAAAAGUAUUGAAGAGGAAAAAAUGAAGAGUAAAUAUGAAAAAAUUAAAAAUAAAAAAGAAGAGUGGAAAAAGAAAAAACUGAAAAAUGAACAUAUAAGAAAUGAACGUAUAAUAAAUGAAAAGAUAAAAAAUGAAAAGAUAAUAUAUGAAAGGUUACACAAUAAAAACUCUAACAAAAUAUCAAACAAAAUUAUUCAAGUUGAGGAACUAUUAAAAGAUGAAAAAAAGAAAAAAAAUGAGAUAUUAAAAGCAAAAAGGAAAUGUUCUUAUAACAAAACAUUUAGAUAUUUUUCACCAGAUGUUAAUACUAGUGAAUAUUCUGAUAAUAUUUCAUUUAAUAAAAAUAAUAAUAAUAACUAUAUGAAACAUAAUUUUAUAAAUUAUAAUGAAGACGGAAAAAGAAAGAUAUAUAUAUAUUAUAAUGAUAUGAAUAAGAAAGAAAAUAAAAAAAUAAAAAAUGUAGAUAAUAAUAUAAAACCUUUAUAUCAUAUAUGGAAUAAAAAAAAUUAUACUAUAGAGUGUGAUGAUAUAAAAAAAAAAAAAAAAAAGGAAUGCAAUAAAAAAGGAAAAGGUGUACAAUAUAAUUCUGUUAUGAAAAAAAAAGAUCAGACAGAAAAUUUUAAGAAACAAAUUAAAAAUAAUAAUAAUAAUAUAAAUGAAAAUUUAGUAAAAUCAUAUAACAAUAAAAGAAAACAUAAAAAGAAAUGUAAACGUAUGAACGACAUAUGUAAUGUAAAAAGUAAUGAUGAAAAUAUUAUAGAUUAUAAAAAAAUGUUUACUACAUUUAAAAAUUUAAAACAUAUAAAGAAGAAAAAUAUUCUAAGAGAAGAGAAAGAAGAUAUAUGUGAUAAUAUAAUUAGCAAAUAUAAUAAUUCAAGUAAAGAACAUUUAAAUAUUACUACAUCAAAUGAAUCAGUUAAAAGUUUAAAGAGCAACAGUUCUUAUAUUUUUAAAUAUAAACAUAGUUAUACACCUAAGUCGUUAUUAAUAAAUAAUCAAAUUAAUAAUAUAAAGGAAAAUAAAAAAAUAAAAAAAAGUAUGAAUCCUUCAUUGAAACAAAAUAUAUUGUGUAAAUCAAAUGAUAUAAAUUUGUAUGUUCAUAAAUAUCAAUAUCUCGUUUUGAAAAAAAGAAAAAGAAAAUUCAUGCACUUAAAGAGUAUUAUACAGCAAAAGGGGGAUAGACACAAAUGUAUACAUAUGUUUAAAAAAUGGAUACAUCAAAAUAAUGUAAGAUUAAGUAAUAGUAUAAUCAAUGAUCAUUUUGAUAACAAUAUAAAAGAUGAUAUAAGUAAUAAAUCUCCUAGUAAACUUAAUAAAAAUGAGACAAAUUGGAUAAUCGAUAAUGAUAUAUAUAUGAACAGCACAGAAUGUAGUGAUAAAAGGGAAGAUACAAUAUUAACAUCUCAUAUUAUAUCAUCAAAUGAUAAUAAUGGUUACAUACCUGUUGAAGAAAUACUUAUUGAACAUGCAAAUACAAACAGAGAAGAGGAUAAACAUAUAGAUAUAAUAAAUAACAAGGAAGAAAAUAUAAGUUCAAAUCCUAUUAUUAAGGGGAAGAUACAUAGCUCUCAUCUAAAUAAUAUGGAUACAAAUAUGUUAAAUAAAGAUAUAUCAAUUAACAUAUUGAACAGUGUUGAAAAUGUUGAAGACAUAAACAACAUGAACAAAUCAUUUAAUCUUUCUUGUUUAAAAAUGAAUAAUGAAAAUAAUAAUAAUUCAAAUGAGGAUAAUACAAAUAUGCUUUUGUGUAAGAAUAUAGAUAUAGAAGAGCAAAAUAAUACACAAAAAGAUAAUAGUAAAAGCGAAUCAGAUAUAUCGUAUACAUUAUAUUCUCAGCAGGAUGAAAAAAAAGAUGGAACACAUUCAAAUAAUUAUACGAGUAAUUGUUUAAAUAGUUAUACUGAUCUUGAAAAUAUGAAUAUUCCUUGCUCUAAUAAUGAUAAAAUUUUUAAGGAUGUAUUAUCUUUCUAUAAUAUGUAUAAGGACAAAGUAAAAUUUCUUUUAUUAGAAGAAUGUAAUUAUUUAAAGAGCUUAAGAAAUAUGAUGGAAGAAGGUUCGAAGAAUAUAUCAGAAAAUAUUAACAAUAAUAUAUCAAAAAAUGAAUAUUAUAGCAAUAAUAUUUUUGAAAAGAACCAAAAUUUAUUUGAUGAAUUAUUAAAGACUUUAAAAAGUAAUAAAAUGUCAGAAAAUAGUAGACACAAUAAUUUAUUUGAUAUGAACAGAAAUUCAGAAAACGAAAAGAACAUGAAAAAUAAUAUAAUAGAAAGUAAUAAAAAUGAUGUAAUUAAUUUUUAUAAGGAUCCAAUUAAUUUUUUACUUAUAUGUAAUCAAACUGAAAAGAGAAUAAAAGAUAUUGAAAGAAUUCUGAAUAUAAAUUAUAAUGAUAGUAAUAGUAGUAAGGUAAAUAUUAUUAAUGAUGAAUAUAAUAUGAGAAAGACAAAUAAUAUAUUUGAAAAAAAGGAAAUGAAUUGUAAUAAAAAUGAGAAUGAAAAAAAACUAUAUGAAGAAAAUAAUUUUAUAUGUAAUAAUAAUGAUGAUUUUAUAAAUAUUAUAAACCCAUCACAGUAUAAUAAGAAUAAAAUCGAAGAAACAAAUUUUAGAAACAAGAAUCCUUUUUUAUCUGUAUUUAAUUUUAAUUCAUUAAUAUUAGAAAAUACAAUAAGAGACCUUCAAAAGGAGAAUAAUGAUUAUGUCAAAAAAAAGAAGAAAACAAAUAAAUAUAUUAAGGCUAGAAAAAAUAAAUAUUUCAAGUCUUCUCAUUUAUAUACAAUGCAUAUACAAAAUAAUGUUGAUUAUUUAUACAAAAGAAAAAGAAAAUCAUCUAUAUAUUACAUAAUCAAUUUAAAAAGUGUAGAUAUAAUGUAUCAAAAUGUUGAUAUUAGAUAUAUAGUAUUAAAUAAUAUAAGAAGAAAGAAUUUCAAAUAUUCAUUUCCUAUAAUAAAAAGAAAUUAUUAUAUAAAAAGAUAUUUCAAUUAUAAUCCAAAAAUUAAUCCGAAAGGAAAAAAGUAUAUAUUUCUUUUUAAGUAUAAUAAAUUGUUUUAUAAAAUAUCAGACAAUAAGAAGAAGGAUAUAGAUUUAAUUGGUAUGAAAUAUAAAUAUACACCUGAGAGUAUUAUGAUACCAAAAUCAGAUAAGGAUAAUUUCUUAAAUAGUAAAGUAAGUAAUAAUAAGUUGAAAUAUGUACAUACAUCUAUUAAUCAUUCUAAGGAUUUACCUAAUAAGGAAGAAAAAAAUAUGGUAUAUUUUCCAUCAAUAGAUAAUAUAAAAAAAGAAGAAAACAUUGAUAUAACAUAUGAAAAUACGAAAAAUGUAUUUUUGUAUAGCCAAGAGGUUGAUAAAAAUAUACAUAUACAUGUACAUAAUAAUAAUGAUAUUCAUUUGAAUAACAAUUGUGAAUAUAUGAAGUCAAAUAUUUUGGAAAAAAAUCAUUUUGAUUUACUCACAUCCAAUAUAUUAAAUAAUAAUUUAAAGUAUCAAGAAGAAAAUGAUAAUAAUCAUUUAAGUAAAAAUAAAUUAAAUCAUUCAUAUAAUUCUAUAAAAUCAUUAGAUAUAAAAAAUGAUAUUAAAUUAGAAGAAAAUAAUAAUGUGACAAAGAUUAAAGAAAUGAAAAUAAAUUAUAAUAAAACAUGUAAUGUACAUGUACAAAAAAAUGAUAUGUCAAAACAGAACGAAGAUAACAAAAUAAAUAUCGAAAAGAAAAAUAUGUUAUCUAAUAAUAAAGAAUACAUAACAAAUUCUAUUAAAUAUGAACUUUCUAAUAAUUACUAUAAUAAUAAAAUAAAUAAUGAAAAUGAUAGUUAUCAUAAAAUUAAUAAUAUACAUAGUUUAAAUAUAGACAAUACAUGCGAUGAUUAUUCAUCAUUACAUUUACAAAAAGAUAAAAAAAAUAAUAGAAUUAGAUUAAAUGGUAAUAAAAAGAAAAAAGAAUAUUUCUUUAAUUUAUAUGAGAGUAAUUACAAUCCAUUUCAUAGUAGGGAUAAAAUUACUAGUAUGAACAAACUUAAUAAUUCUUAUGAUAAUAUUGUUAAUACGUUAUGUAGUAGUGUAGGAGGAGGUGAAAGUUUUCAUUUAUCUAAUAAUAAAAAUUAUAUGUUCAAUAAGAACAAAUCUAACAAUAUCAUCAGAACAUCAGAACAUAUAAAUAGUUUUGGUCAAAGAAAUAAGGAUAAAUCAAAAAUUAUAAAUGAAAAAAAUUCUAAUGAAAAUAUUAAUGAAAAUGAUAUGAUACAUAGUUUAAAUAUUCAAGAAAAAGCUUCUCAAUAUGAUCAUACAAAUAUAUUAGAAAAUAAAAAUUUUGAUAAUAUAAACAAAUUAAGAAAUAAAAGAAAUAUAGCAUAUAAAAAGAAAGAUGAUUUAUUUUUUAAUAAUGAUACAAAAAAAAAUAUUAUAACAAGUAUGAGUGAACGUGACUAUCUUAAUGUAACAUUUGAAGAAGCAAAAAAAGAAGAUAAUUUAAUAAAUAAUAAAACACUACAAAAUAAUAAUUUUAAUAGCAAUUCAAUACAAAAAUGUGUUAUAAGGAAUAUGAAUGAAGAUAAUUUAUUUUUAUAUAAUAAUAAUAAUAAUAAUAAUAAAAUAUCUUCCGAUUUAAAUAUUGAUAGUAAAUUCUUAUAUUCUAAUAAUAUAAUACAAAAUGAAUAUAAUUUAGACAAUUAUAAUUUUAUAAAAAAAGAAGGAAAAUAUAAUUAUUCUAAUGUUAAACCUAUUAUGAAUACAUUAAUUAAUAAUAAUAUAAAUAAUAAAAGCAAAGUAUUUAUAAAGGAAGAAGAUAUAUUAGGAAAAAAUAAAAAAGAAAAUUUUAAGUUAUGUGAAUCAAAUAAAAAUUCUUCUUAUUUUAAAAAUGAAAAUAUGAAUAGUAAUAAAUUGUUGAAUGUUGAACCUAAUAAAGAUUACAAUAUAAAAGCAUUAUCAUAUAAUAUUAAUAGAAAUAUAAAUGGAAAUAAAUUAAAUGAAUCGCAGAGAUAUGAUUCAAGUUUUAUAAUUAAUAAUGAAGAGAGUAAUUUUAUUGAUAAUAAAAAUAUACAUCAGAAUGAAAAUUGGGAAUGUAAUUACAAGGAUGAAUUAAAAACAAAUUUUGGAAAUACAUUAAAGAAUAAUAAUGAAUAUAUGUCUAAUUAUUAUAUUAAUUCUAUUUUAAGUCACUCAUUUAAUAUAUAUGAAAAUAAAAGUAUAUAUGAGGAUGAUUGUCUUCAAAAUAGUUUAUCUAGUAGUAUAAUGGACAUGGAUAAAUUAGAUGAGGUUAUACAAAAAAUACGUACUUUCAAAACAAUGAAUGAAAGAAAUAAUAAUUAUAUAUCUUGUUUAUAUUGUGAUAAAUAUUUAUUUAAAUUAGAUAAUUAUCAUGAAGAUUUUUUUUUUGUUUGUUCAAAUAAAGAAGAAAUAAGAAAAGAAAAAUAUACAUGUUCUAUUUGUAAACAUAAAUUAAGAGUAUUAAAUAAAUAUAAAAAUGAUAAUGUACAAAAGUACAUACAUAUUAAGUCAAAUGAUACUAUUCAAGAAAAUUCAACAAAUAGAAUUAUAAAAAAUAUGGAUAAUAACAUAAAGGUUAAAACAGAUACAAUGAAUGAUCUUUAUAUGGAAGACGAUUAUAUAAAACACUAUAAUGGACACGAUAAUAAUUAUAUUAAUUAUAUUAAUUAUAGUAAUAAUAAUAAUUAUAAUGAUGAUUAUAGAAAAUAUAAAGAAAAUCAUAGUGAUUAUACAAUAAAUGAAGAUAAAAUUAAUCAAUCAAAUAUGUUUUAUUUAAAUAAAGACUUCCAAGAUGGUUUUUCUUAUAAUGUAGAUAAAAAAAGAAGUCUAUAUUCAAGAAAAAAAAAAUUUUGUGACCUUAAAGGAUUGAAUAAUUUUGAUACCAAAAAUUUAUAUAGUGAAUUCUGUAAUGUACCUAAAGAAUCUAAUAUAAGUAGUAGUUACACAUCUUAUAAAAGUAAUAUAACAAAUGAAAAAAAUGAACUAAGGAAUAGUAAAAAUGGUAAUAAUAAUUAUGCAAAUGAUAUAUAUAAUAUAUGUAAUAAUAAAUCUAAUAAUGAUAUGAACAGAACAUUUAAUAAUAUACAUAAAAAUUAUAAAUCAUAUAGUGAUGAUGAAAUAAACAAAAUGUAUAAUAAAAAUGAUGACAUGAUAAAAAUUGAUAAACGUUUUUCUUUAGAUAUGCGUUUGUUAAAAUUACGAAGAAAAAAUCAUGAAAAUAAUAUUAUUCAAAAGGGACUAUUACACAACAAUAAUAAUAAGAAGAAGAAUAAUAAGAAGAAUAAUAAUAAGAAGAACAGCUUGUAUCAUAACAAUAGUAGUAGUUUAAUUAUUGAUGGAAUGACUAAUGUAAAUAGAACAAAUAUGAAUACUUAUGAAAAGGAAAAAAGCAUAUAUAACAUAAAUAUAAAACAAAUCAACGAAAAUAAAAAUAUACCAUGUGAAAGUAAUUUUUUAAAUAGAACAAUUGAAAAUACGCCAAAAUGUUAUAAUUAUAUGAAUUAUUAUAUAUCAGAAGAUAAAAGUAAUAAUAAUAAUAAUAAUAAUUUUGAGUAUCAAAUUGAAAAGAAUUAUAUGUUAAAUGAAGACAAAUAUAAAGGAAUUGAUAAUGAACAAGUGACAAAUUUUAAUUUAGAAAAUAUACAUUUAAAAGAAAAAAAAAAUAUAAAAGAAAUGAGAACAUCAAAUAAUGAAAAUUAUCCUUUAAUAAAUCAAAAACAUAAUUUAUUCAAGUCAUUAUUAAUUAAUGGAGAUAAAAAUAUGUUAAAUAUUUCAAAUGAUGAGAAUAAUUGCUUUAAAAAAUAUUAUUCAACAUAUAUUAAUUGA